UGAUCACUGUACUUUACAUACUUUUCCAAACAAUGCUUAAUAAUUACGCUUCUGAUUUCGAAAAAUAACCCAACCUAUCUCUUCCGUGAUUUGGUAUCCGAGCUCUUGCUUAGGAUUCGAAAGUGGAAAUAUCCUGCAGCAUUAUCUUACAAGUACUAUUCUAUUUUCAAACAUAUAUAUAAUGAACAUCGAGAUGCACACUGCAUAAAAAAAAUUACUAAAUUAGAAGUGUUAGUGUUAAACCAUAAUUGCCGUGGACUGGAUUAUGCAGCAAACCGUGAGGAGCGAGAUGGCCAUACACUGGACUGAUGAAAAGACCCUAGAAGAAGAUUUGGAUUUCGCCGAUGAUGAUUUAUGUCCAAUGUCUUGUCGCAUAAACUGGAAGAUCUAAAGACGAAAACUAACAAGUUGGCGAAAGAGGCAAGGCAGAGAAGACGGGACUUCCUUCAGGUGAACGUAGAGAAGACGCAGGUGAUGAAGAUACCCAACCAACAACAACAACAAAAAGAAUCAAUCACCAUCAACGGGAGAAACUUACAGGAAUUAGUCCCUUUCACUUACCUAGACAGCCAGCAUCGUUCCAACUACAGGCGUCACAGACGAGGAUGUCAAAGCCACAUUGGGAAAGACAGCGAGACAGUUGUUCAUCAGUGUGAAACCAGCGUGGAGAUCUGCUGCAGUGCACUCAGCUUAAAGCGUGAACAAGAUCCGGAUUUUCAAGACUAAUAUGAGUGAAGUCAGUGCUUCUAUGUGAUAGUUGAGAGAGCUUUGGUGCGUCAGGAAAAGCAUUUCCGACAAACUACAGAUAUUCAUCAACAGCUGCCACCUACUCUGACUUGAUACUGAGGAUGGAGAUGAGAUGGAUGUCGAGGAUAGUAAGAAUAAGGAAGAAGGAACUUUGGC